GUGCUUGGCCUUGAGCAAGCCCGGCCUAUCCCCUGCAGGGGGAGGGGGUGGGUAAGGGGAGAGGCUGAGGAAGAAGAGAAGGGAAAUUGGGGCAGUAGAAGACAUUAUAAUUUCUUUAAAAAGAGGGGAGAGGAGAGGCCAUGGCUGUCCCAGCCAAGAAGAGAAAGAUGAACUUCUCAGAGAGGGAGGUGGAAAUCAUCGUGGAGGAGCUGGAGCUGAAGAAGCACCUGCUAGUGAACCACUUCAACGCUGGGGUCCCUCUAGCCGCCAAGAGUGCGGCCUGGCAUGGCAUUCUGAGAAGGGUCAAUGCCGUGGCCACCUGCCGCAGGGAGCUGCCCGAGGUCAAGAAGAAGUGGUCUGACCUCAAAACCGAGGUCCGUCGCAAGGUUGCCCAGGUCCGGGCCGCUGUGGAGGGUGGCGAGGCCCCAGGGCCCACUGAGGAAGAUGGAGCUGGUGGGCCUGGGACAGGCGGUGGCAGUGCUGGCAGUGGUCCAGCUGUUGCUCCUGUACUGCUGACCCCCAUGCAACAACGCAUCUGCAACCUGCUGGGUGAGGCCACCAUCAUCAGUCUGCCCAGUUCCACAGAGAUCCACCCAGUGGCCCUUGGACCCGCGGCCACUGCAGCCGCAGCUACGGUCACCCUGACACAGAUCCCCACAGAAACCACCUAUCACACGCUGGAGGAGGGAGUGGUGGAGUACUGCACGGCUGAGGCUCCCCCGCCCCUGCCAGCUGAGGCCCCCAUGGAGAUGAUGGCCCAGCACACAGACACGUCUGUCAAGCCACAGGCCCUCAAGAGCCGCAUCGCCCUCAACUCUGCCAAGCUGAUCCAGGAGCAGCGGGUCACCAAUCUGCACGUGAAGGAGAUUGCUCAGCACCUAGAGCAGCAGAACGACCUGUUGCAGAUGAUCCGCCGAUCCCAGGAGGUGCAAGCCUGUGCCCAGGAGCGCCAGGCCCAGGCCAUGGAGGGCACCCAGGCAGCCCUGAGUGUCCUCAUCCAGGUCCUCCGGCCCAUGAUUAAAGAUUUCCGCCGCUACUUGCAGAGCAACACGCCCAACCCAACCCCUGCUUCUGACCCUGGACAGGUGGCCCAGAAUGGACAGCCAGACAGCGUCAUUCAGUGAGGGCUGGGGUCCAGCCAGCCUUCUGCCAGGAUCGGAUGAAACCUCCGGGGUCUUGUAAGUGGCUUCUGUGAUUGUCUUUGGGCAGGCAACUUGGACAGCUCCUUCUCUGAUAGACAUUUGGGGGUCCACUGUUUGGAGAAUGAAGGAGACUGAAGAGAAACUUGUCGGGUUCUGGGACCCAAGCUCCCUUAUGCCCACCACUGGAGCUGCCUUGCUCAGAUCCAGAAGAUUGGCUAGCUGGGGGGUCACAUGUCCUAGUGAUGGGACAUGUGUUUUCAUGAACCAGGGCUUGGGACAUGACCCAGACGCUGUCUAGGACAACUGUAAGGAAAUAUCAGUUCUCUCAAUGGGGGCCAUAGCACAGCCAGCCGGGGAUCUGUACUGAGCUGCCCCACACAAGUGCCAUACUUUUGAGUACGAUUGCUUCAGUGGUGCUGGCAAUAGGGCAAUAACAUCUCCUCCCUUGGAGGCAGCUUGACUGAGCCUGAGGAGGAAACCCCACCUCUUUCCCUUUCGCACUAGGCCUCAGUUCUCAGGGGACUCUCCUUACUGCUGCCCCACCCCCCAUCCCACCCCAGACACAGAACCAGCCUCGGUAGUGUCCUGGGAUGCCUCUGCAGUAAGCCAGCGUGCAACCAGCCCAGCUCAGGAAUGCUGAAGUGGCCUGGAUGGGUUGGCCACUCUCUGGUCUUCCAGGGCAUCUCUGGGAAGCCCUUUGGUGGUUUGUCCGAGAGCCUUUGACUCAGGUCAGGCUUUGGGUGCUGUCACUUUUAGAGAAAGCAAACUGGUGGCCAUCCUACCAUGGAGGGAUUGAGGCUGGUCAUUAGCUUUCUUCAAGCCAGUUGUAUUUAUUCUGUAUGCUGUAUGAACCCCUCCUGGGAAGACCUCCAAGAGGGCAGCCCUGGGGCCACACCUGUGCUCCUUUCCUCUCUGAAGACCACAUUUCCAAAAUUGGGUGCAGAAAAAACCACCCCGCUCAGAAUCCCAGCCUGGACUCUUUUCUCUUACCGCGCUUAACACCAGUGCCUCGUGUUUUUGCGAGACUCCCUCUGACCGCGAGUGAGUCUGAAGCCUCGACUGACCUUGAAUGUAAAAGGUGGGAGAGGUGAAGCCGACCUAACAAGCGCAGCCCUUUCAAUACUGCGCCCCGUAAGAGCACGCAGCGGAGGCUGAAGGAGGUGCUGUUCCUUUGGCUUCGCCACCGAGACGUUUGCCAGGAUCUUAUCCAGGUGGCCGUUGUCUGUUUCAUUUUCAGACUCACCAUGGAUGUCCCAGGCCCUCACGGUCUUCCCUGAGUCAUUUCCCAAGUUUGCCAUUUUGCUGCUGGUACCUGGGCCGCACGUGACCGAUGGUCACAGCCUGAGACUCUAGAUCUCAGCUAAACAAGUGGCCGCGCUGCCUUUCCAGGCAUGUACGUUUAGAAUUGCUCAGCCCCACCGUUGUGACCGCAGGGAGAUGGCCCCGAAGACUGUCUUGCUGUCACCUUCUCUGUGGAGGCAUGGCAGCUACAGGGAGGUGGAGCCGGUGGGCCCAGGAGGGAGUUAGUGGAAGAAAGACCCUCCUCAGAGUGGCUAGAAGGCAGCAGCCCUUCACUGACUGGAGCCUGAUGGCCCCAGCAGGUACCUGCAAAGACUUGCUAAGGAUUGGCGACUUGGUUUGGUGUUUCUCUAGGGUUGGAAAUCUGAGCCAAUAUCACAUCUGUUCCAUUUGGGUAGAAGAAGGAAGCCUGGAUCACUUAAACUGACUUGCUCUGUCCAGGUCAUAAUUUUAAAUUAAAGAAAUACCGCUUUUUUGUAUGCAUAUCUCUGUGUCUUUAUUGGCUAUAUAUAGAAGAGAGCAAGGA